CUAAUCUAUAUGUACACAAAUAAUCCAUAUGAAAGAUUGAACAAAGCCUGGUUAAGGUUGAUGAAAGCCUUGCCAACUCGUCUUCCCUCUCACAAACAAGUGCAACUGCUCCGAUCUCCUGCCCUUCUUCAUCCCGAACACCUCUCCGACGCGUUGCUGCUCCAAACCCUAGACCAAUGCCACCACCCAUCUACCCUUCCAACACUCCAAACCCUCCACUCUCACCUCAUCGAUCGCCAUCUCCACAACAACCCAUCCAUCGCCAUCAAAAUCAUGCGCGCCUACGCCUCCUGCGGCCACACCAGCCCUGCACGCAAGGUGUUCGACGGAAUGCCCCACAAAAACAUCGUCUUUUACAACGUCAUGAUCCGCAGCUACGUCAACAACGGCCUUUAUAGCAAUGCUCUGUGCCUUUUCUCUGAGAUGGGCCCUCGGCAUGGCGUUCAGCCUGACAACUAUACCUUUCCUUGUGCUCUCAAAGCCUGCUCGGCUUCUGGGAAUUUGUGCGGUGGUCUCCAGAUUCAUGCUUCUGUUUCCAAGUUUGGUCUUGAUACCAAUCUUUUUGUCGGGAAUGCUCUUAUAACCAUGUAUGCUCGAUGUGGGCGAUCGGGUCAUGCUUGUCAGGUGUUUGAUUUAAUGACUGACAGGGAUGUGGUUUCAUGGAAUGCUUUGAUUGCUGGAUAUGCGCAAAAUGGGCAGUUUGAGCAAGCAUUGAAGGCUUUGAAGGAAAUGAUGGUGGAGCUCAAUGAGCCUCGGCCGGAUUCUGGCACCAUGGCCAGCAUCUUGCCUGCUGUUUUGAGUACAGAUUCAAGCAAUGUUGUGUUUGUUAGGAAUGUGUUUGAUCAGAUGGUUGCGAAAGGUUUGGUUUCGUGGAAUGCGAUGAUAGCAAUUUAUGCCAAUAAUUCAAUGUCGGCUGAAGCAGUGGAGCUUUUCCGUCGAAUGGAGAUGGAAGAAGGCAUAGAGCCAGAUGCCAUCACAUUUGCCAGUGUUCUUCCUGCUUGUGGAGAAUUGUCGGCUUUGGCUUUGGGGAGAAAGAUUCAUGAAUGUAUCAAGAGGAAAAGAUUGUUACCGAAUAUGGUUCUGGAAAAUGCUUUGAUGGAUAUGUAUGCAAAUUGUGGAUGCCUGCCGGCUGCUAGAGAAGUCUUCGAUAAUAUGCAAGGGGGAAGAGAUGUUGUGUCUUGGACUUGUAUCAUCACAGCUUAUGGAGUACAUGGUUAUGGCCAGACUGCUAUAAAUUUGUUUCAACAAAUGCUUGAUUCUGGAUUGAAACCCGAUCAUAUUGCAUUUGUUUCACUUCUUUCUGCGUGCAGCUAUGCAGGCCUUCUCAAUGAAGGAAAGCACUACUUUGGCACUAUGACCGAUACUUACAAUUUGGUUCCAAGAAUUGAGCACUUUGCUUGCAUGGUAGACCUUCUGGGUCGUGGUGGCCAGCUUGAAGAAGCUUAUGAGUUCAUCAUGCAAAUGCCACUAGAGCCAAAUGAGAGGGUUUGGGGAGCUUUGCUUGGAGCAUGCAGAGUUCACUCGGAUAUGUCUAUUGGCUUAAUAGCAGCUGAUCAUUUGUUCAGAUUGGUUCCAGAGCAAUCUGGUUACUAUGUUUUGCUGUCUAACAUUUAUGCAAGAGCUGGCAGAUGGGAGGAUGUCAGCUCAGUUAGAAAAGCCAUGACUAGUAAAGGAAUCAAGAAAUUGCCGGGCUGUAGUAAUGUUGAACUAGGGAACAAGGUUUACACCUUCCACAUUGGCGAUACUUCUCAUCCACAGUCUGAAGAGAUUUAUAAGAAACUAAAUCUUCUGCUUGGAAAGAUGAAGGAAAUGGGCUAUGCUGCAGAAACUGAUUCUGCUCUCCAUGAUGUGGAGGAGGAAGAUAAGGAGGGACACUUGUCUGUGCACAGUGAGAAGCUAGCGAUUGCUUUCAUGCUGAUUAAUACUGGUCCAGAGGUACUGAUCAGAAUAAGAAUGAAUCUUCGUACGUGCGGGGAUUGCCAUUCUGCUGCCAAGCUCAUUUCGAGCAUAACUAAACGGGAGAUUAUCCUCAAAGAUAGUAAUAGGUUUCAUCAUUUUAAGUUUGGUGUUUGCUCGUGUGGGGAUUACUGGUGAAUCUUGUGACCUAUAUACUCAAAUGUGACCAUUGUUCUACUGAGAAAGAUUGGUUAGUAUGUAUAUUAUGUGAUAUUCAAGGCAAUAUCCAAGUGCAUUGCUGCUGAUGCUUUCGGUACCACAGUAUUUUAAUAAAUAUGAAGAUUUGCAAUGUUUAACUGUUAAUGUGUAGUACACUAUUGUAGAUAAACAAAGCCAAUCAAUUUGAUUUUUAGUAGUAGUGAAACACUUCAUCAGUGUCCUCAUGAAUAUAUGAUCUGAUGAAGCA